AUGAGUCUGUUAUUAUGGAACUGUUGUGGGCUUGGGAACCCACGUACAGAGAAUGAGCAUGCCAGUUUGAUACAAGCAAAAGAUCCCUCUGUCGUGUUUAUAGCCGAAACAUGGGCAGAUGAAGCAAGGCUAAAUCGUACUUUGAGUAAGAUUAAUUUUGAUCAGAAAUGGGUGGUUCCAAGGCAAAAUAGAGGCGGUGGUUUAGUAUUGUUUUGGAAAAAUUCGAUUAAUGUUGAUGUGAUAGAUUCUCACAGGUAUUUUAUUGACACGGUCAUUGACGGGAACACUGCAAAUGCUUGGCGAUUCACCGGAUUUUAUGGCGAGCCCGAAACCCAUAGGAGGAGUGAGGCAUGGAGCAAAUUGAGAAGCCUAAAUUCUAGAAUGAAUAUUCCUUGGAUUUGUGGUGGAGAUUUUAAUGAAAUUGUUCGUAAAGAGGAAAAAUGGGGUGGGAUUUCUAGAGAUCACAAUCAAAUGCAACUGUUCCAAGAUGUGAUCGAUGAAUGUCAAUUUAUGGAUAUGGGAUAUGUGGGGCCUAAAUUCACAUGGGCGAAACACUAUGCUGAUGGGCAUUCUAUAAGAAUAAGAUUGGAUCGAUGCUUGGCUACAAAUUCUUGGUUCCAAAAAUUCCCAGGUACAAGAAUUCACCAUCUUAGCUAUAUGUCUUCGGAUCAUUCUCCUCUUCUGAUCAAUUUGUCUGGGUUGCCUGAACCUAGGAAGAAGAGAUGUUUUAGGUUCGAAGAAAUGUGGUUAUCGGAUCCAACAUGUGGUGAAACGGUCGAGGAAGUCUGGAGUAAUACAAGGGAGCCGAAUCUAAGCAUAGCCAUUCUGAAAAAAGUGGCUAAAUGUGAACAAGAGUUAACAUGGUGGAAUAAGCACAACUUUGGGCAUGUGAGAAGGGAGUUAGAGAUUAAGAAGAAACAACUUGUAUUGGUUGAGAAUGAGGCUAUGGUGAGUGGGAAUAAUACUCGGGUUAGAAGUCUAAGAGAAGAGAUUAACUCUCUACAAGAUCGGGAAUCAAGGAUGUGGUGUCAAAGAUCAAGGGUGUUGUGGUUAAGCAAAGGGGAAAACAACACAGCUUUUUUCCACAGCAAGGCUACAAAGAGAUUUAGAAAGAAUCUAAUCAGAGGGAUAAGAGAUUGA